AUGCCUAUCCAGGAUAGUCCAUCGGCGCUCCACAUCUUGUUCUUGUGCUUCAAAAUCUGCUUACGAAGCUGGGGACAUCUCACUCAUACGACAUCCGGCGGAUCAGCACAACGCCGAGAUGAAGGACGACUACGCGUCAAAAAAAGAAGUUGGCGCAAUGCCUUGAAACCCUCGGCCUCGUACUCAGAAUCCUGGACACCACCAGAGCUCAGUCAGGGUCCCGAAGUAUCUUUUCAUGUCAAGUUGCCAUUCGCUCGUUUUCUUGAAUCUGUCAAAGUUGAAAAUAUGGAGCGCCUCUUUAAAAAAGAAAAAGGCGAAAAUAUGUUCAGGUUAGCUUAUGACACCGAAAGAGAGGUAUUUGAGCUGGCUUUAACAUGCUGGUGGUCUUUACAUUCGUUACUUACCUGGCGUAAACGUAGGCUGGCCUAA